GGGGCCUGUACCAAGUCAUCCUGCACAAAAGAGGAGUGGGCGCGAAGGCAUACCACGGAACAUUUCUGCAUCUUUCGCCGUCACUCGGGUUCACUCCGCUACCAUGACCAUCGCUCAAAGUGCAGACAACAAGGCAGUUGCGGUGUACUGUGCGUCGUCGCUGGGGCAUAGAAAAGCGUUCCAGAAUGCAGCAGUCAGCGUGGGCCAUGCAUUGGGCAAAGCGGGUAGGCCGCUUGUCUAUGGCGGAGGUAGAAAGGGGAUCAUGGGUGUGGUAUCGGGUGCAGUGCUGGAUGCAGGCAGUACCGUCGUUGGUGUGCUGCCUGCGGCUAUGAUCGCCUCGGGAGGAGAGAAGGAAGCCGUGAGUGGAGCCGCAGAGGCCAAGGCCGCGAAAGAGGCACUUUGUGACCUCGAGAAACGUCGGAAUGAGGAAAUUGUUGUAGUAGACUCGAUGCAUGAGCGGAAGCUCGAAAUGGCGAGGCGAUCGUGCGGAUUCAUUUGCCUGCCUGGCGGAUACGGAACCCUCGAGGAGCUGCUAGAAGUCACAACGUGGUCGCAGAUUGGGAUUCACAACAAACCUGCCGUCGUCGUGAAUGUCCUAGGUUACUACGACCCUCUUCGCCAGCUUAUCCGGAACGGCGUCCGGGAGGGCUUCAUACAAGAGCGCAACGAGAAGCUUAUCCUCUUUGUCGAUGGCCCGGAAAAACAUACCGACCAUGAAGACUACGAUUGGGGCAAAGCCGCACUAGAAGCACUGGACAGCUGGCAGGCAGAACACAAGGAAAUAUACUACGAUUGGACAAAGCGCAAAGAUGGAGACGAUACGCGCCUCGGCUCCGAGCUAGAGGCAGCGUAACUUAGUGUAAGUGGGUGGCAUAUCUAUCAUGCGCCUAGUAGACCCUACACAAAUAGACCUGACUCCC